CGGUGCCGAUGUGUUUGCGUUGGGAAUGUUGACAGCCUGGCAGACACCGGAGGGGCUCUGGUGACAAGGAAUCUAAAGUCAGCAACAACUUCAGCAUAGGGAGAGAGAGAGAGAGAGGAGGAGGAGGAGAGACAUUCAUAUCUCGACUAUCCCCCCUUCCCUUCCCAACACUUCAGGGUAGGGCUUGAGGAGGAGGGUGAGAGAAGAAUUUUUAUUUCUAGCAGCGGGUCUUCAAACUUGAGGCGAGAGACACACAAGUGCGCCGAGAGAGCCGCUCCACGUGCGCGCCAAAGGAGACCUCCGCUGCUCCUGAGCGCCUGGCUCGCGUAGUGCGGGGCAAAAGCAGGGGACGCGCGCCCUGUUGGCGCAGCUGAGGAGAGGCAGCUCGGUCGAGGCGGCGCCUGCUGGCCGUCGGGCGCCCAGAAGCAUGUGGCCCCUCCUGGGGGUGUACUUGUGGGGCAGCAGCGUGUCUCUGGUGUGGGGCUGGACGCCUUUGCAGCCCCUCGCCCUCUCCCGGCCCUUCAACUUGAGUUCGCGGGCGGCGCUGUCUUCCUCGACGACGACGUCCUCUGGGGCGGCGCUGCAGCCGCUUCUGGCCCCGCCAGCGGCCACGACGGAGCGCAAAGUGGAGAAGCUGGGGCGGGCUUUCAAGCGGCAGGUGAGGCAGCUGCGGGCCAAGAGCGGCCGCCUGGAGCUGGUCUUCUUGGUGGACGAGUCGUCGAGCGUGGGCCAGGCGAACUUCCUCAGCGAGCUGCGCUUCGUCAAGAAGCUGCUCUCCGACUUCCCGGUGGUGCCCACGGCCACGCGCGUCGCCAUCGUCACCUUCUCCUCCAAGAACAACGUGGUGCCGCGCGUGGACUACAUCUCGCCGCCGGCCGCCCGGGCGCAGCACCACCCUCAGCACAAGUGCGCCCUGCUCAGCCGCGAGAUCCCGGCCAUCGGCUACCGAGGGGGCGGCACCUACACCAAGGGCGCCUUCCAGCAGGCUGCGCAAAUACUGCUUCACUCCCGUGCAAAUGCCACUAAGGUGAUAUUCCUCAUUACCGAUGGUUAUUCUAAUGGAGGGGAUCCAAGGCCUACUGCAGCAUCCUUGCGGGAAUUUGGAGUGGAGAUCUUCACGUUUGGGAUAUGGCAGGGCAACAUCCGAGAGCUGAAUGACAUGGCUUCGUAUCCAAAGGAGGAACACUGCUAUCUGCUCCACAGUUUUGCAGAGUUUGAAGCUUUAGCUCGUAGAGCCCUUCAUGAAGAUCUGCCCUCUGGUAGUUACAUUCAAGAAGAUAUAUCCCAUUGCUCCUAUCUUUGUGAUGGAGAUGAAAACUGUUGUGAUAUCAUGGCAAGUUGCAAGUGUGGUACCCACACAGGGCAGUUUGAGUGCAUCUGUGAAAAAGGAUACUAUGGCAAAGGACUUAGGCAUGAGUGUACAGCCUGCCCAUCAGGGACCUACAAGCCUGAAGGUUCACCGGGUGGAAUCAGCACCUGCAUUUUGUGUCCUAAUGAGAAUCACACGUCCCCACCAGGAAGUACCUCUAUUGAGGACUGUGUAUGCAAGGAAGGAUAUCGUUCCAGGGACCAAAUUUGUGAAGUGGUACAGUGCCCCGAGCUGCAGCCCCCUGAAAAUGGCUAUUUUAUCCAGAAUGUCUGCAACAAUUACUUCAAUGCAGCAUGUGGAAUCCGUUGCAAAGCAGGAUUUGACCUUGUUGGAAGCAGCAUAAGACUUUGCCAGCCCAAUGGCUUGUGGUCUGGUUCAGAAGCCACAUGCAGAGUUCGCAUGUGUCCAAAACUCCAUGUUCCUCAAAAUGGACGUAUUAAUUGCUCAUUAAAUGAGAUCUCAUAUAAGUCAGUAUGCCUUGUGACCUGCAAUGAGGGCUAUGAACUGGAAGGACAGUCCAAACUCACCUGUCAAGGCAACUCUCAGUGGGAUGGGAAGGAACCAAAAUGUGUGGAAUUGCAUUGCCCUGCAUUCCAGAAAUCUAAAGAUCUGAUCACUGAGCCACAUAUUUGUGGACUUGAGCCAUCCAAGUAUGGGACUGUGUGCAGGCUCAGUUGUCUGAGUGGAUUUCUUCUGUCUGGGGUUAGAGAAGAGCUGACAUGUUUGGCUGCUGGGAGGUGGAGCGAAAAUAUGCAGAAGGCUUUCUGUAAAGACAUUGAAGCACCAAAAAUCAGCUGCCCUGAUAACAUUGAGACUACUACUCUUGAACAUCAGAACUCUGCAAAUAUUAGCUGGGAGGUUCCAGAUGCAAAUGAUAAUUCUGGAGAUGAGGUGUCAAUUCAGGUUACUCCAGUUUUUAUACCACCUUACCUUUUUCCAAUUGGAGAAGUUGGUAUCACAUAUACUGCAGCUGACAAAUCUGGAAACCAGGCAAGCUGUACUUUCAGCAUCAGGGUUAUUGACAUUGAACCCCCAGUUAUUGAUCAAUGCAGAUCUCCACCUCCCAUUCAGGUAGCUGAGGAGGAGUACCGAGUAGCAUGGGAGGAGCCACAGUUUUCAGAUAACUCAGGAGCAGCCUUAACAAUAACUAGAAGUCAUUCACCUGGAGAUCUCUUUCCCAAAGGAGAGACAGUAGUCCAAUACACUGCCACAGACCUAUCAGGAAAUAACAGGACCUGUGAGCUCCAUAUAGUCAUUCAAGGUUCUCCGUGUGAAAUUCCCUUUACCCCAGUAAAUGGGAAUUUUAUAUGCACAGAAGAUGAGACAGGAGUUAACUGCACAUUACAUUGCAUGGAUGGAUAUUACUUCACAGCAGGGUCAGAUGAAAACUAUUAUUGUGCCUAUGCAGAUGGUAUCUGGAAUCCACCUUAUUCUACUGAGUGGCCUGACUGUUCUUUAAAUCGUUUUGCAAAUCAUGGUUUCAAGUCCUUUGAGAUGCUGUACAAAGCAACACGAUGUGAUGACAGCAACCUUCUUAAAAAUUUUGUGGAGGCUUUUCAGAGUGCACUUGGUAAAAUGGUUCCUUCAUUUUGUAGCGAUGUAGAUGAUAUUGACUGCAGAUUGGAGGAUUUACCACAGAAACAUUGCUUAGAAUAUAAUUAUGACUAUGAAAAUGGUUUUGCAAUUGGUCCUGGUGGCUGGGGUGCAGCAAAUCGACUGGAUUAUUCUUAUGAUGAUUUCCAUGAAGCAGUGCCUGAAGUGGAACAACCUAAACCAUUACCUGGGUCUGUGGAAAUGGGACACUCCAGGGUCAAAAGGCACAAAAAAAUGAAUGUGCCAAUGUCAGACCACAAAAUAAAGUUAAUUUUUAAUAUUACUGCUAGUGUACCAUUGCCUGAUGAACGAAAUGAUACACUGGAAUCAGAGAACCAACAGCGCCUUCUAAAAACGCUAGAGACUAUCACAAACAGACUGAAAAGGACUCUCAAUAAGGAUCCAAUGUAUUCUUUUCAGUUUUCUUCUGAGCUGCUUGUAGCCGACACCAACUCACUUGAAGCUGAAAAGGCCUUCCUGUUUUGCAGGCCAGGUUCGGUUCUAAGAGGCCGUAUGUGUGUGAACUGCCCUUUAGGUACUUACUACUCUCUGGAACAUCAUGCGUGUGAAAGUUGCUGGAUUGGAUCUUACCAGGAUGAAGAAGGUCAGCUAGAAUGUAAGAACUGUCCAUCUGGCAGCUACACUGAAUACUUCCAUUCCAGAAGUGUAUCUGAAUGUAAAGCUCAGUGCAGCCCAGGAACCUAUUCUCCAAAUGGCCUUGAGAUUUGUGAAUCAUGUCCACUUGGCAAAUAUCAGCCUGUAACUGGAUCUAAGCAUUGCAUUUCUUGCCCAGUUAAUAUGUCAACCGUUAAAAGAGGAGCCAUGGAUGUAUCAGCGUGUGGAGAGCCUUGUCCAGCAGGAACAUUCUCUCGCUCUGGUUUAAUGCCCUGCCUCCCCUGCCCCAGGGACUAUUAUCAACCUGAUCCAGGAAAGUCCUACUGCCAGUCCUGUCCAUUUUAUGGAACUACAACUGUGAUUGGUGCCAGAUCUAUAACAGACUGCUCAAGCUUUGGCUCUACUUUCUCAGCAGCAGAAGAAAGUGUAGUGAUGCCAGUCUCUCCAGAAAAUAUCAGUAAGAAAUACAAAGUCAGCAGACAGGUUUUUCACGAGUGUUUCCUAGAACCAUGUCAUAAUAGUGGCACUUGCAAACAAGUUGGAAGUGGAUAUAUUUGCAUAUGCCCACCUGGAUAUGAAGGCUUAAAAUGUGAAAUGGAGAUUGAUGAGUGCAAGUCAUCCCCCUGUCUCAACAAAGGCAUUUGCAAGGAUGGCAUUGCAACAUUCCUUUGCCAGUGCCAGCCAGGCUACACAGGCUUGCUUUGUGAAGAAGAUAUAAAUGAAUGCAGUUCCAAUCAAUGCCUGAAUAAUGCAGUCUGUGCUGAUGAUAUCAAUGCUUACCAGUGCUUAUGUGCAAAAGGAUUCACAGGUACUCACUGUGAAACAGAUAUAAAUGAAUGUCUUUCAAACCCCUGUUUAAACAAAGCUACUUGUGAAGAUCAGAUUGGGGCCUUCCAUUGCAAGUGCCCUUCUGGGUUUAUUGGUACCUUGUGUGAAAAGAACAUUAAUGAAUGCCUUAGUAGACCUUGUAAAAACGGAGCCACAUGCAAAGACAGUAUCAAUGGCUACAGAUGUCACUGUGUCACAGGAUACACAGGGCCACAAUGUGAAAUUAACACCAAUGAAUGCGAAUCCAAUCCCUGUGCAAAUCAAGCUACCUGUGUGGAUGCCUUGAACUCGUACAUUUGUAAAUGUCCCCCUGGCUUUACAGGCAGCAGGUGUGAAACAGAACAGUCUUCUGGAUUUAAUCUGGAUUUUGAAGUCUCUGGAAUCCAUAGCUAUGUUAUACUUGAUGGUGUCCUCCCCUCACUAAAUGAAAUUACAUGUGCAUUCUGGAUGAAAUCCACUGAUACUACUAAUUAUGGGACUCCGAUUUCUUAUGCAGUGGAAAAUGGAAGCGACAAUGCAUUUCUUCUUACAGAUUAUAAUGGGUGGGUUCUUUAUGUGAAUGGGAAGGAAAGCAUUACAGAUUGCCCCUCUGUGAAUGAUGGCAGAUGGCAUCACAUUGCUGUCACCUGGACAAGCACUGACGGAGCCUGGAGAGUUUAUAUUGAUGGGAGAUUAUCUGAUGGAGGCAGUGGCUUGUCUGUAGGAUCAGAAAUCCCUGGUGGAGGUGCUUUAGUGCUCGGACAGGAACAAGACCAAAGAGGAGAAGGAUUCAAUCCAGCAGAGUCUUUUGUUGGCUCAAUUAGCCAGCUCAACAUUUGGGGUUAUAUUUUGUCCCCAGAACAGGUGAAAUCUUUGGCUAUUUCUUGUCCAGAGGAACUUCAAAAAGGCAAUAUAUUGGCCUGGCCAGAUUUCCUUCCUGGGAUUGUUGGAAGAGUGAAGAUAGAUGCCAAGAGCAUAUUCUGUGCUGAUUGCCAUCCUUUAGAAGGCUCCAUUCCUCACCUGAGGACAUCAUCAACUGAUUUAAAACCAGGAUCACAAGUCUCUCUUUUUUGUGACCCUGGUUUCCACAUUGUUGGGAAUUCUGUCCAGCACUGUUUAAAUUUAGGACAAUGGAAUCAACCUCUACCACGCUGUGAAAGGAUUAGCUGUGGAGUGCCUCCACCUUUAGAAAAUGGCUUUUACUCUGCUGAGGACUUCUUUGCUGGAAGCAUUGCUACCUACCAAUGCAACAUUGGCUAUUACUUGCUGGGAGACUCAAGGAUGCUUUGCAAAGACAAUGGAAACUGGAAUGUCAUUUCAGCAUCUUGCCUUGAUGUUGAUGAAUGUGCAGUUGGAUCAGACUGUGACAAACACGCUUCCUGCCUUAACACAAAUGGGUCCUACAUAUGUACGUGUAUUCACCCUUAUACGGGAAAUGGCAAGACAUGUGCAGAACCAGUAAAAUGCAAACAUCCAGGAGAUCCUGAAAAUGGCCAUUUACACAGCGACAGCUUCAGUGUUGGUAGCGAAGUCAGUUUCUCAUGUGAAAAGGGCUACCAGCUGAAAGGAGCGAAUAGGGUCACAUGUUUGGAGUCUGGGGAAUGGAGCCACCUGAUACCAUACUGUGAAGCUGUUUCUUGUGGUAUCCCAGCUGCUCCAGAAAAUGGUGCCAUUGAUGGUUCAAAUUUUACAUAUGGUAGCAAAGUUACCUACAGGUGUAAUAAAGGAUAUGUUUUGAUGGGUGAAGAGGAAACAGUGUGUCUUGCAAGUGGCAUGUGGAAUCAUUCUUCUCCAUUCUGUGGAUUAGUAAAAUGUCCCCUCCCACAGGAAAUAAACAAUGGAAAAUAUGUAAUACAUGGUGCAACAUACCUUUCUAAUGUAUCAUACAGCUGUAACACAGGUUAUAGUCUGCAAGGAGCUUCCGUACUUGUGUGUGAAGAUUCUGCUAACUGGAGCAGCUCACCUCCAGACUGUGAAAUUAUUUCUUGUGGUCUUCCACCUGUCAUUAAAGAUGCUGCUGUUAUUGGGAGCAACUUUACAUUUGGAAACACCAUCACUUAUACGUGUAAGGAAGGCUAUACAUUAAUUGGCUCUGAAACUGUUGAAUGCCUGGCAAAUGGCAAAUGGAACAUGAGUCACCAGCAGUGUGUGGCUGUUUCCUGUGAUGAACCACCACCUGUAGAACAUGCUUCUCCAGAGACACGCCAUCGGCUAUUUGGUGAUAUAGCUAUCUAUUACUGCUCUGAUGGAUACAGCUUAGCUGGCAAUGGCAAUGGCAAUUCUAAUUCCCAGUUACUUUGCAAUGCUCAGGGGAAGUGGGUUCCUCCAGCUGGCAAGGAUAUUCCAAAGUGCAUAGCUGACUUCUGUGAGGUGCCACUGGCUGCAUCAUACAGCAUCUUGGAAUCCUCAAACAAAGCCAAAUUUGCAGCUGGGUCAGUUGUGAGCUUCAAGUGCAUGGAAGGCUUUGUCUUAAACACUUCUGCUAAGAUAGAGUGUGUUCGGGGAGGCCAGUGGAAUCCUUCUCCAUUGACAAUCCAGUGCAUUCCUGUUCGCUGUGGAGAACCAGCUAGCAUUAAGAAUGGCUAUGCAAUUGGCACAAAUUACAGUUUUGGGGCAAUUGUGGCUUACAGCUGCACAAAGGGAUACUAUAUCAAAGGAGAAAAGAAGAGGACGUGUGAAGCAACAGGAACUUGGAGUGGCAUUAUGCCUGCUUGUCAUCCAGUGUCCUGUGGAGAGCCACCGAAACUUGCAAAUGGAUUUAUUAAGGAUACAACAGGACAUUUCUUUGGAAGUGAAGUGAAAUACCAAUGCAAUCCUGGCUACCAAUUGAUUGGAAGCUCGGCAUUCUUUUGUCAAUCCAAUCGUCAAUGGCAUAGUGAAGCACCUCCUUCCUGCAUGCUCCUCAGUUGUGAUAUACCGCCUUCUCUCCAGCAUGGAUUUAGCAAGGGAGAAAUGUUUGAGGUGGGAGCCAAAGUCGACUUUUUUUGUGAUGAAGGCUAUGAGCUAAUAGGAGAUGCCUCCUGGGUCUGUCAAAAGUCUGGAUCAUGGAACAAAACACAAAAUCCAAGAUGUGUUCCAACAAAAUGUUCGGAGCCACCACUGAAUGAGAAUCAGCUUGUCCUGAAAGAGAUAGCUGAUCAAGUAGGCAUGGUGCAAUUUUUCUGCAAAGAGGGUUACGUUUUGCAUGGAGCCUCUAUACUGAAAUGUUUGCCAUCACAACAGUGGAAUGAUUCUUUCCCCAUCUGCAAACUGGUACUGUGCCACAGGCCUCCUUUAAUUCCUUUUGGAGAUCCUGUAGUAUCUUCCCUUCAGUUUGGUAGCACAGUGAGCUAUAUCUGCAUGGAUGGAUUUUUGCUGAAGGGGGUUUCUGCCAUUUCUUGCCAAGCAGAUGGCACAUGGAGCUUCCCACUGCCAGAAUGCAUUCCAGUGGAGUGUCCACAGCCAGAGGAAAUUCGGAAUGGCAUAGUAGAUGUACAAGGCCUUACCUAUCUCAGCACUGCACUGUAUAAUUGUAAGCCAGGCUUUGAGCUCAUGGGAAAUAUGACAAUUCUUUGUGGAGAGGAUGGCCACUGGCUUGGAGGAAAGCCUACUUGCAAACCUAUUGAGUGCUCCAAGCCCAAGGAGAUUCAGAAUGGCCGAUAUUCAUAUGCAGACCUACACUAUAGGCAGACGGUUACUUACUCAUGUGAUAAAGGAUUCCAGCUUGAUGGGCCAAGUGUACUGAGUUGCCUGGAGACAAGGGAGUGGGAUGCAGACAUUCCGUCUUGCAAAGCUAUCAGCUGUGAUCCCCCCCAGCCUAUUGAGAACGGUUUUGUAGAAGGUGCAGAUUACAGUUUUGGUGCCAUGGUGAUAUACAGCUGUGUUCCAGGAUUCCAGCUGUCUGGUCUUGCCAUGCAGACCUGUGAGGAAUCAGGAUGGUCUAGCAUCAGUCCAGUGUGCCUGCCAGCAGACUGUGGUCUCCCUCCACAUAUAGACUUUGGGGGAUAUGUAACAAUUCACAGUGAGGAAAAAGUGUUUGGUGAGGAAGGCAAAUUAGGAGAGGGAUUUCCUGCUGCCGUUCCACCGCUUGUCUCUCCAAUACUUGAUAACCAAAAAGACAUGCAAAGUUCUCCAAAGGUCAUUAAUACGUUGCCAUUGUCAGGCUAUUUAUAUGGGACCAUGGUGUUGUAUAGUUGCUACCCUGGCUAUGAACCGUUAGGCAAUUCCAUACUAGCUUGCCAAGAAGAUGGGAUAUGGAAUGGUAGUGCUCCUGUCUGCAUUUCUAUCCAGUGUGUAUUACCAUCCUCUCCAGAAAAUGGAUUUGUACAUUUUACAGAGAACACCCUUGGUAGUUCAGUGCAGUAUACCUGUAAACCAGGGUAUCAGUUGAUUGGCUCAGACACAAGGUUUUGUUUGUCCAGCAGACAGUGGAGUGGUGCAGCACCAGACUGUGAAGUCAUAUCAUGUGCAGUGCCUAGCAGACCCAUGAAUGGCACAUUAAAAGGUGAAGCUUACACUUAUGGGAGCACAGUCCAAUUUGAUUGCAAUCCUGGGUUUCAGUUAAAUGGUUCAGCUAAUAGAACAUGCCAGGCUGAUCAAACAUGGGAUGGAAAUGAACCAAUUUGUGUUCCCAUCUCCUGCGGCCAACCCCCCAUUUUAGAGAAUGGCCAAGUGACUGGAGAGGAAUAUACAUUCCAAAAAUAUAUCGAGUACAGCUGUAAAGAAGGUUUCCUGUUGGAAGGGGACAAGAACAGAGUCUGUCUUGCAGAUGGAAGCUGGACUGGGAGCACUCCAGUGUGUAGAAGAAUUCAGUGUGCGAUGCCACUAACAUUUCCCCAUGGGCAAAUUAGGGGUUCAGAAUUUGAAUAUAGUAAGAGAAUUGAGUAUCAAUGUAAUGAAGGGUAUAUCCUGCAUGGUGCAUCCAUACAAACCUGUCAGGAUAAUGGUACCUGGGAUAAGGAGACUCCAUCUUGUGAGCCUGUCAAUUGUGGGCCUCCGGAGGACAUCUCUCAUGGCUUCCUGAAUGGUUCGGUCUUCAGUUAUGGGGAAAAUAUAGAGUAUAUUUGCUUUCCUGGUUAUGAGUUGAAGGGAAACCCAGUGAGGCAGUGUAUGUCUAAUGGUUUAUGGAGUGGAAACCCCGCUUCUUGCCUGCCUUGUGAAUGCCCUGUGCCAGUGAUUCAGAAUGGGGUGGUUAAAGGUAAAGAUUUCGGCUGCGGGAAGAUAUUGCAGUUUCAGUGCCUAGAAGGUUUCAAAUUGCUAGGGCCUUCAGAAAUCACCUGUGAAGGUGCUGGGAAAUGGAGUUCUGGUUUUCCACACUGCGGGCAGCUUUCAUGUGGCCCUCCACCAACAAUCCCCAAUGCAUCCAUUAAUGGCGGCAGCUCUGUGGAUCAGAAUACUCUAGUUUAUAACUGCAAAAUGGGAUUUGUGAUGCAAGGGAGUUCAGAAUUGACUUGUACGGAAAGAGGUGUCUGGAGUAAGCCGUAUCCAAGCUGCACGCUGCUGACCUGUGGACCACCACCUUCUGUGCCUCAUGCAGUGGCUAUUGGGGAAUCACAAGCCUAUGGGAGUAAAGUCCAGUACAGGUGUCUAGAAGGUUAUGUAAUGGAAACAGAAAUGGAUACAUGUACCUGUCAGGAAGAUGGACACUGGUCCCCUAAUAGUAUUUCCUGUUGCCCCAGAACAUGUCCCCUCCCAACAAAUAUAACAAAUGUAAUUAUUUCUGGUGCUGAAUUCACUGUAAACAAGAGUAUUGUCUUGUCAUGCCCAGAAGGCUAUAUUUUGGCUGGGACAAGAACUUCUACAUGCCAGAAUGAUGGUAAUUGGAUGCCAUUAUUUUCAAGUGAUAUUUGUACACCUGUGUCCUGUGAAAAGCCUGAAGCUCCAGAAAAUGGAAUUAUAGUUGGCAGCAAAUACAGUUUCAAAGACGCCAUUAUUUAUAAAUGCAGUUCUGGUUACGAAUUGGAAGGUGAUGCAGAACGUAUCUGUCAAGCAAAUAAACUAUGGAGUGGAGCGACACCAGUGUGCAGAAAGAUCUCCUGUGGAUCCCCAGAAUUAGUAGAUAAUGGAUCCAUUUUUGGCAAGGAUUUCUUGUUUGGAGAUGAAGUUAUCUACCAUUGUAAUCAGGGAUUUGAGUUACAGGGACCAAGUCGCAGAAUCUGCCAUGUUAACAAGAAGUGGAGUCCCUCAGCGCCUAUGUGUGUGAGCAUAAGUUGUGGACCACCUCCAGCUAUAGAAAAUGCAUUGCCUGUAACCACUGAAAAUACAUAUAGAAGUAAUGUAUCAUUUAUAUGUACUUUUGGAUUUCACCUGGUUGGACCUGAGAACGUCACAUGCUUGGCCAAUGGAUCCUGGAGUAAGCCCCUUCCUUCAUGUGAAGAAACCAGAUGUGAAGAUCCAGAAUUUAUAGAGAAUGGGAAGGCUCUCUAUGAAAACAACACAGUUGCCAGCAGGGCUGUAUAUUACUGCAACCGGGGAUACAGCUUGGAAGGGGAGCCUCUUGCAGAGUGCAUGGAAACUGGAACUUGGAGCCACCCGGUACCUCUUUGCAAACCAAACCCAUGCCCUGUGCCUUUUAUAAUCCCAGAAAAUGCUCUUCUGUCAGAGACCACUUUUUAUGUUGGGCAAAAAUUAUUUAUCAAAUGCAGAGAGGGCUAUCAACUCAGAGGACAGUCCAUAAUUACUUGUAAUCCUGAUGAGACAUGGACUCCAGCUAGAGCUAAAUGUGAAAAGAUCUCUUGUGGGCCACCUUCUCAUGUAGAGAAUGCUUUGGUCCGUGGAACAUUUUAUCAAUAUGGAGAUGUAGUGACCUAUUCAUGCUACAGUGGGUACAUGCUGGAAGGCUCCCUUCGAAGUGUUUGUUUAGAAAAUGGGACCUGGACAAUGCCACCUGCUUGCAAAGCAAUUUGUCGGUUUCCAUGUCAGAAUGGUGGCAUCUGUGAGCGACCAAAUGCAUGCUCCUGUCCAGAGGGGUGGAUGGGACGUCUCUGCGAAGAGCCCAUCUGCAUCCUGCAUUGUCUGAAUGGAGGCCGCUGUGUGGCUCCUUACCAGUGCGAUUGCCCAUCUGGAUGGACUGGGUCACGCUGCCACCAGGCUGUCUGUCAGACUCCAUGCUUGAAUGGUGGAAAAUGUAUCCGACCAAAUCGGUGCCAUUGCAGUUCACCGUGGAGUGGGCCUGACUGUUCUAGGAAAAGGAAAACUGGAUUCUACCACUUUUAGCACCAGAGCAACCACUAUGAACAUUCUGAUUCUGAUCCACCGGGCCUUGGUACUCCAAGCACUGUAAAAUCAAAUCCAGUGGGUUUUUAAAAACGAUGUAAGGGUUUUUUUUAAUGGUUUUUAUUUUGUAUUGUAUUUUUAAUACUUUUUUAUUUUGAAAGAAACCACCUUUUUCAUGUGCAAAAAUAUAUCAUUUAUGCUGUAUAUGCUGCUGUCAGUACACACAAAUGUACAAAUAAUGUUGUCCACCGAGAGAGAGAGAGAGAGAGAGAGAGAAAUCUCUUGCAGACUUUUUAAAAUAUUGUUGCAAACUCUUGAGCAUAACCUGUGCUCCACUGCCAGUCGGAGCGAAAUACUAUGCUGAGGUUUGAGGGCCAAUUGAGAUGCAUCAGUGGCAGACAUGCAUUACGUCUUGCCUCUGUCAAGUGGUAACUGGUGUACUGCCUUAAUAGUAAAGGGAGCUCGUGGACGAAGGGCACUCUAUCCCUUACACAUCCCCUAUUGCUCCAGUCUCUCUUCUCUGCUAGUGAUUUGAUUCCAGUAUCAGAACUAGGAAUGGAGAAAAGUGGGUGGAGCAAUCAAUUCUAAAGAGGUAAGGCAAGGGGGAGAAGGAAGGAUUCAGUGUUCCUCUCCCAACUACUAUUAAGAGGGACACAUGCAAACCCGAUUUUCUGCUUUAUAGUGAAUAAGGCAGAGACAUGAAUGCUGGCCCUGUUGCAUCCAGUUUGGCAAUGAAUAACCUUUUGCAGUUUGUAUUUCAUUGGCUAUGGAGGUGACAAUAUUUAGUUAUCUUAGGCUGACAAAACUGUUAAAUAAAUUGACCAGGAUCCAAAGAGUUGCUUUAUGCACGUGAAAGACUUGCAUGUCAUGUGCUCAGUGGGAUUUUGGUCUUUUUUAAAAAAAAAAAAAAUUUUGAAUAGCAGACCCCUGCGGUCAUAUUGGAACACUCCCACCAGACUUUCAGAAGCAGUUUUCAGUAUGGAGCAUUGUUGUUUGAAAGACAUACAGCCAAAGCCCCCUUGGCCCUUUCAAGUGAGUUGUGGGAUUCUUUGGAUCCUGGCCAUAAUAUGCAGUCUGAUCCAGUCACUCUGCUACAUGAACCAUUGGGUGCAUGCAGCUCUUCAUGCAUGGAAAGGCAUCUGUGGAAAAGAACAGGGAGCUCCCAUGUGCAAAGCAGUGCCUGCGGGAGAGAGGAUGUGGCCAAGGGCUGGAGUGCCCACACCAUUUUAUGCUUGUUGCAAACCUGUUUUAUUAGGAAGGUGUACAUUGUUGUUCUACCAUAGAUUUAUUGCUGAAAUAGUUGGGGGUUGUUGUUUUUUUGGUUUGUUUUUUUAAAGUUGGUGUUUGGAUGCUAUUUAGUUCAACAGCACUUACUGUUUCAUGAAAACUGGUGGAAAUUAGGAGUCUUGUUUGUCUAUUAUUGAUAUUUCUUGUGUGCAUUUCACACCACCACAUCCCAAGCAAGACAAAAUACCCUCCCAUUUUCAAAUCUAUUAGGAUAACAACUACUAGUUGUAACUUUGGAUAAAAACAAAUAAGCUUAGAUGAAGUACUGUACUGUAAUACUAAUCAUUAGAGUUAUGAACUACAAUGCUGUAGUCACUGUUAAAACUUAAAAAGGUGGCCAGGAAUAAAGAGGGAAGUGCAGUGUUUGAUACCAGUGCUAAGAGAAAUCUGGUGUAUUUUAUACAAUGAUUUAUUUCAUUUACUUAUUUCUGAUCUGAAUUGUUUCCCUAUAACAGUGGGUGCUUUCACACUUGUCACUUUCUCCAGAAUUGACACAAUGUAUUCACUUGGUUAUUCCAGCUGUCCAGACAUUUCUCCCAAACUUGUAGCAAGCAUGAAUCAUCCCCUUUGCCAAGCAGGGUCCAUCCUGGUUUGCAUUUGAAUGGGAGACCACAUAUGUGAGCACGGUAAAACAUUCCCCUUAGGGGAUGGGGCCAUUCUGGGAAGAACAUCUCUGCAUGUUUGCAUGCAGAAGGUUGCAGGUUCCCUCCCUGGCAUAUCCAAGAUAGGCCCGAGAGAGGCUCCUACCUGCAACCUUGGAGAAGCUGCAGCCAGUCUGUGUAGACCAGGGUUUCUAAACCUUGGGCCCCCAGAUGUUGAUGGACUACAACUCCCAUCAUUCCCAGCCACAAUGGACAUGUUUGGGGAUGAUGGGAGUUGCAGUCCAUCAACAUCUGGGGGCCCAAGAUUAAGAAACCCUGGUGUAGACAAUACUGAGCUAGAUGGGCCAAUGGUCUAACUCAGUAUAUGGCAGCUUCCUGUGUUCCAUUCUGUUCCUGUGCUUCCCUCAUAGUCCUCCCAUUCUAUUUCCCGAGCUUAUUUAGAGAGAAUUUUUUGCUUCAAACAGUAUUGCAGCAACUUAAUCAUUGCAUGUGUAGACUGGCAUACCACUGUUUUCUUCUUGCCUUCUGCAGAGGAGUGGAUAAUGAUGUGGGUAGUGCUACUGGCCUUUUCCACACCUUUCUGCUUCCAUGUUGCAUUAUCUGCCUGCUUUUCCACUAUCGCCUUCUGUGAGCCACAGGUCCUCCUAUAAUUAGUGUUCAUAGAAGUGCAAUAAAAAUACAGUUAUGAACACACUAAAGCAUAAUGGUGCAUAACCAACCAACCUUUGCAACAGUGGAACACUGCUUCAGGUUUUUGUUAGCUUUGGGAAAGCAUGGCUGAAAACAACAGUAGUAUCCAUCAUGAGUUAGUGAGGCAAUUUAGUCAUAUUGUUGGGCAAAAGCCAUGUUAGAAUUGAGGAAAGUGACAUUACACAAUGACAGUUGUGCAGAUGUGGCAAAAAACCAGAGUGAUGCUACUGCUCACCUGCAAAGCAUUGAAUAUGCCCACCAGUGCUAUACUCACCACCUAUGAAUUUGGAAUGUGAAUCAGGCAGCGGGAUGUUAACAUGAACGUUCAAUGUAUAAUUGCGCAUUUAUAAUUCUGCUUUCAAGUGAUUGUGAAAAACCAUUUAUUGUGUAGUGCUAAAGGCCCUAGUGUGGAAGUACUCAAUGAAGUCAUUCAUACAAUCAAAAGCUGUGUCCUACCCUGGUUUGGGAGCUGUGUGUGCUCACAGUUUUCGGUUGUGUGGAAGCAAGGAAGGAGGAAAGCCUGAGUAGCUUCUCCUCCUACCUUGCUUCCACACAAUCACUUCUAUCCAGGUUUUCCUUCUACUGUGCUUCCACACAACUGAAAAUUGGGAGCACACACAGCUCCCAAACCCGGGUAGAACACAGUUUUUGAUUGUGUGAAUGACCUCAAUGUCUGAUAGUUGUCAGCAAGUUUCAUUACAAAAAGGAAGGAAAUCAUUGCACUUUGUAUAAUCUCAUCAUUUGUUUAUCCAUAAUCCUUUGGAGUACAUAACACACUCUCAUUCUCCCUCUUUGUCUCAUGCAUGCAUGAAUACAUACAUUUUUAUACUAAGGUCAUUGUAAAGGGAUUAUUGGACAUUUGGAACGAACGUAAGAACAGCGCUGCUGGAUCAGGCCCAAGGCCCAUCUAGUCCAGCAUCCUGUUUCGCACAGUGGCCCACCAGGUGCCGAAUGAUUUGGAAGACCUUCUAAUCCUUUCACCUGGAAAUUUAAAAAAAUUAAUAGGAGAGAAAGAGAAACAAAUGGCAAAGCAUUUCCAAAAGAAAGUCACCUGCUUCCAAAGUGAAGCAGAAUGCAAAAUAAACGCCAACCUCGCCCAAAUGAAAGUGAGCAAUUUGUGUAUUAAGAUAACAGGGUUAUGAGGGUGGGGAGGGGGGGACCUUAGUAAAAUUUAAAAAAACAGCAAAAGGACUAACAAUAUCCCAUGUCCCACAGGUCCACUGAUAUUAAUUUCUUGCAGCUUUGUUUUUUUAAUUAUUGCUUCUAUUGUUAUAGAAGCAGGGUAACAGUAUCCAUGAUACAAUACACAUAGUAACUAAUGCAUAUCACUAAGCAACACUGCUGGAAAAUCCAUCACUAACAUUUCCAAAUGAUUAAUGGCUUCUGUUGUAGCUCAUGCUAAUCACAAACAUGCUUUAAGAGGACAUACAAUUCAACAAGACACAAUUCAACAAGAUCCAUCUCUUCACAAAAUGGGAGAGAUGGAAAAUGAAAACUAAGCUACACAUAAUAUUUCUGGUCUCUUUUUAAAAAGUCCCGUUUUCUACUUUUUUCAUGCAUUGUUCGUACUUAUGACAGUCUGACUCUUACAUUGCCCCAAGAACACUGUAUUUUGGGUAGAAACACUUUUGUUCUGGGAGGUGGGAGAACAUUUGAGAAGGGUAAUGAAGUCAGAUGGCCACUUUUUAGUCCUAGCAGUUCAUACACUUUCAAUUUUACUUGUGUGAGAAACUAAGUUUGAAGACCUGAAAGAACCCUCAAGAACGACACUGCAGGCAAGCUGUAAUGCCUGGAGGUAAAAGGAUGGUUGGUAAAACUAGAUUGCCGUUUGUAAUAUUAAAUCCUCAGAGAAACAGUCACCUUCUAAAAUUUACUUUUAAAUGCAAAUAAUGUAUUGUCAUUUAUGUCACCGCUUGUCAUGUGUUUUAACAACUUUUGUGUGAUGCACUUUACACUGUAAAUAAAGUUGCACCCACUUUGGUACCUGUAACACUAA